AUGUUUCCAUCUGAGGGUUUAAAUGAUAUUUCUGAAGAUCCAACAUCUGAAAUAGGUGAUGAUGCUUAUUUUGAAGAUGAUGAUAUUGAAGAAUCACAAGUAGAAUUAGCUGAAAACGAAACUGAUCAAAAAGAUGUUGUUGAUCCAUCGCAUACAAGUCAAUCAGCUCGAUCACCAAUAACAAAAUCAUUAAGUUCAUCAGCACAUAGUGAUGGUAGACGUGGUCGAUUCAGAAAUCCACAUGAACAUUUACAUACUUAUGGUAGUGUGUCAGUCAAGCGUGAUCCAGCUAUUGAGUCGAUAAUUGAAUCAAGACAAUUUUCUAUUAUUGAAAAUCCUUAUACACGUUUAGCACAAGUAACAUCUCAACCAACUAGACUUUCACAACGUUCAAAUCAAUUUGAACUUCCUAUAAUAACAGAAUCAGAUACUGAAAUGAAAGUUAGAAGUUUAAGUUCUCGAAAUAAAAAAAAAAUAUCAGCAUUGCCAACAGCUGAAUUAGAUAAGCAAGAAUGGGAUGAUGGAUUAAUUGGAGAGCAUGAAAAAGAAAGUGUGCCAGCAUUAGAUAAAUCAUGUCUACAAAUAUAUGAAGAAACAUGUGCACGUUUCAAUGUUUGUCCUUGUUCAAUCAUUGUUCGAUCAUUAAAUACAACAGAAAUUAAUUUACGUAAUUAUGGACUUGGUCCACGUGGAUGUGCAGCAUUAGCGGCUAGUCUUAUUCAUAAUACCACUGUUUUAUCACUGAAUUUAUCAGCGAAUAAUAUUGGUAAUGGUGGAAUGGCAUAUGUCUAUCAAAUCUUUACAGAAAAUAUAUAUAUUGAGGAAUAUGAUCUUUCAUUUAAUAAUCUCGGUACAAAAGGUAUUCGUAAAUUAGCUGAUGCUAUUCCUCAAUGUGCUCAACUAAAAACUUUAAGUGUAGCUGGAAAUGAAUUAUCAGCUAAUGAUAUUAAAUUUUUACUUUCACAAUUAGAGGACCAUCCAAAUUUGAAAGAUCUUAAUAUAAGUCAUAAUCAAUUAGAUGAAAUAGGAGGAAAAUAUGUUGCUGAAUGGCUAACUGAUAAUAAUUUUUUACUUAAUUUUGAUAUUAGUUGGUGUAGUAUUCGUUUAAUGGGUGCUAAAGCUUUAGCUAAAGCCAUUGGUGAUAAUAAUAAAUUGAUAUCACUUGAUUUAUCAUAUAAUAGUUUUACAAAUGAUACAAUUGAAUCUCUAACAACUUCUUUAACACGUAAUAUGUCAUUAUGUGAAUUAAAUUUACAUGGUAAUCAAUUCAUAUGUAGAUAUGAUGCCACAAUUAAAGAAAAUCCAUCUUUAUUAAUAACUGGAAAAGAUUCUCAAAUAUAUAAAAUGCUCAUAUCUGCUGCAACAAAUCAAUCAUUAAAAAUAUUUCGAUUAGGACGAAAUCAUAUUGAUACACGCUGUUUAAUGAUAAUGUUAGAAUCAUUAUCACAAAUGAAUAAUAUUACAUUAGAAGAACUUGAUUUGACAGGUUUAACAAUCACGGCAAAACAAACAUCAAAAAUUGAUUUACUAUUUUUAAAUCAUUCUAAAUUAAGAUGUUAUGUUGGACCAGUAAGGCAAACAGUAGAACAUUUUACGAAUUAUCUUUUAGAUUUAAUAAAUAUGUAUUGUGAAGAAAAUGCAAUUGCUUUAUCGGAUAUAUUUAAUCCAAAUGAAGGAACUCGUACAACAACAUCAAUAAUUACAUAUGAACAAUUCCUUAAUGGAUUAAGAAAAGCAAAGAUUCCAUUUCCAAUAGCACACAUUGAUGAUAUUAUGAAAUAUUUGGGACGAGAUAAUGAACCAGGGCAGAUUUCACUUAGAUCAAUUAAUAUUGGAAUUUUUGAAAUAUUUUUGACAAUGAACGGAAACAAUAAUAGCAACAAUUCAAUGUGCAAUCAAAAUCAGAUACCAAAAAAUCUUCCAUUAAAAAAACGUCGUGCUUAUAUUAUUGAUACACCAACAAUUGAUAUUGACAAUUCAAAUGGAGGUCAACAUGAAACUUAUUCAACACAUCGAUCAACAACGAUCAAACAAACAAUGUCUCAAGAAGAUCCACUUCAAAUUUAUCUUCCAACGGGUGUUACAUCAACACCACCAUCAUCACCUCAUUUAGAAUUACUACGACAACAAUAUGCAUAUUUAAUGGCUAAUUCAACAAAUAAUCAACAUGAAAAUACAUUUUCGUCGCCAGCAUCUUAUGAAUGUCUUAUGGCACAAAAAGUUCUUGCUCAACAAUUUCUUGAUAAUUAUCGAACAUUAUAUGAACAACAAUAUCAAAAUCAAACAUAUGGUUAUAAAGUAGUUGAAGGAACACAUACAACGAUAGAUGAACAUUUUCGAAAAUCUCUUGGAAAUAAUUAUAAUAAAUUUACUGGUGGAUUUUUAACACCAGAAGAUUCAUCAUCAAAUAGUUCACCUACAGAACGAACACCAGUCGAUUCAAUUGAAGAACAUUUUGCUCGAUCACUUGGCAAAUUUUGGCCAUUAACAACACCAUCCAAUGAAGAUAAAACAUCAUCAACAACGGAAUCAGUUGUUGAUGAUCAUUUUGCCAAAGCUUUAGGUGCAACAACAUGGGAAAAAUUAAAAGAAAAAUCAUAA